AGAUUGGCGAUUUUUUUAAAGCAGAAUUCCGUGAAAAUUACUCCUUAUUUAAUUUAGAUGCGUUUUCCCUCGUGAAAUUCACGGCUCCGUAGAGAUUCCCCAUUUUUUCUGUCUCUGCUUUGGGAUCUCAUUUCUUCAAUCUGUUUCCGGAUUUAAAAAGAUUGAAAUUAGUUUUAUUGUUUUUCUUUUGUUUGAUUGGUAAAUCAAGUUUUUUCAGCUGAUGGGUUUUCGUUGAAACCCACCAAUGCACCCUAAAUUUUGAAUCUCUAACGCAACUCGCAUUGCAAUUUGUAGACACGCUUGAAUUAUGCUUGUUUUUGUGUGUAAAGAUCAAUUUUGCUGCGUUAGAAUUUAGGUUAUAGUGGUGAUAUUGUAUGAAGAUGAAUUGUUGGCGGUGGAAAUGAGGCUUAAAUGGAGGCGAUUAGAUCAGAGAGAGGUGCGGAGAAAUUGCUGCCAUUGCAGGGGGCGGUGAUACAGAGGACGAGAUUACAAGUUUGGUUUAUUAGGGUUUGUUCUAGCAUACUGAUAUGGACUUGUUUGGUUCAACUGGUGGCAGUUGGGGAGCUCUGGCAUCCUCGCUUGCUUACUGGAUUUCCGGGAUUCACGAAAAUGUCUGCCCAUCAAGAGGGAUCAAUGCCUUCUUCGCCUCCGCCACUCGUUCCGGCUAGGAAUUAUACGAGUAAUGGCUUUCUCAAAGUCUCUUGCAAUGGUGGCUUGAAUCAAAUGCGCUCUGCGAUUUGUGACAUGGUAACUGUUGCACGGCUAUUAAAUCUUACAUUGGUCGUUCCAGAGCUUGAUAAGACAUCAUUUUGGGCUGAUCCUAGCAAUUUUGAGGAUAUUUUCGAUGUGCAACAUUUUAUUGAUUCAUUAAGAGAUGAAGUGCGAAUUAUCAAGAGGUUGCCGAAGAGGUUUGGCCUGCGAUAUGGAUAUCAACCACUUGUAAUGCCUCCUGUUAGCUGGUCAAAUGAGCAGUACUACUUGCAACAGAUUCUGCCUCUCUUUGAUAAGCACAAGGUGUUACACUUCAACCGAACAGAUUCACGUCUGGCUAACAAUGGGAUUUCUCUGGAUCUUCAGAGGCUCAGGUGCCGUGUCAAUUUUCAGGCACUAAAGUUUACACCUGAGAUCGAGGCACUGGGAAACAAGUUGGUUCGCAUUAUUCAGCAGAAGGGACCCUAUUUAGCUUUGCAUUUGAGAUAUGAGAUGGAUAUGUUGGCUUUCUCCGGUUGCACUCAUGGCUGCAGUAUAGAGGAAGCCGAGGAGCUCAAAAGACUGAGGUAUGCAUUUCCUUGGUGGAGGGAGAAAGAGAUAGUAUCCGAAGAGAAAAGAUCAAAUGGCUUGUGUCCUCUUACCCCAGAGGAAAUGGCUUUGAUUUUACAAGCAUUGGGUUUUGACAAGGAGACACAGAUCUAUAUUGCAUCUGGUGAGAUCUAUGGUGGUGAAAGGAGACUUGCAGCACUAAGAGCUGCCUUUCCAAGGAUUCUGAAAAAGGAAAUGCUGCUGGAUCCUGAUGAUUUGCGCCAGUUCCAGAAUCAUUCAUCUCAAAUGGCAGCACUAGAUUUUAUGGUUUCUGUUGCCAGUAAUAUCUUUAUUCCCACUUAUGAUGGGAACAUGGCAAGAGUUGUUGAAGGUCAUCGUAGGUUUCGAGGAUUCAAAAAGACCAUCCAACUAGAUCGCCGAAGGCUUGUUGAAUUGUUGGAUUUACAUCAGAAUGGAAAUCUCUCAUGGGAUGGGUUUUCAGUUGCUGUUAGGCUGGCUCAUGAGAGAAGAAUGGGACAGCCAACUCUCCGUAGGGUUAUUGCAGACAAGCCUAAAGAAGAAGAUUAUUUCUAUGCAAAUCCUCAAGAAUGCCUGUGCGAUAGCACAAGUUGCGGUGACUUAUUGGGCCCUGGAAAUACAACUGCAUUCCAGUAAAUGUGCCCGCAAAAGCAGGAUUUCCUCACAUAUUUGUACCACGGUCAGAGUGUGUUUGGUGGGUCGUGGACUGAAAGAAACGACGCCACUACAAUAAGCAAAAGGCUUGGAUUUGGCAGAAUGCUGAACAAGCUCUGAGGAAAUAGCAAGAUGUCCACUUUGUCAACCGGGCGGUGAAAUGUGGU